AUGACGAAGGGGAACAGGUUCUUGGCCAGGCACCACGAGAAACCCAGCCUGAACCAGUACUGGUACUCGGCCUUCACGAUCGACACCCUCAUCAAGGAGCUGGAGGACGCCGCGGAAGCCGUUGCCUUCGUGUCCACGCCGAGCGUGUACUUCUCCCUGGACAAGGAAUCCAAGCUGCGGCCCAGGUCGUGGCUGUUCGAUUUCGACGAGAAGUGGAGCAAGGACCCGCACUUCGUGUUCUACGACUACGCCAGCCCCUCCGACGUCCCGCCGGCCCUGCGCCACUCCUUCGACUGCGUGGUCGUCGACCCUCCCUUUGUCAGCGGCGAGGUUUGGGCCAAGUACAUAGAGACUUCACGUCUGCUCCUCGCUCCUCAAGGGGGCAGGGUCGUGCUCAGCACGAUCUCGGAGAACGCAGGCAUGCUGAGGGAAGCCCUGGGUGCAAAGCCCUGCCUAUUCAAACCGUCCAUACCCACACUGGUGUAUCAAUACAGCUUCUUCACCAAUUUUGAUACCAAGUAUCUGAACACCCGAAACCAGGAACUCCCCUGCGAGGAUGAUGCAGCAUGA